UUCAGGUACAGACAAUGAAAAUGGAGGCUAGCUGUACAACCGAACACAGAACGCAAAUGAAAAUAAAUUGCUUAACACAAUAAAAAUGGAAUACAAUAAAUGACAAAAUGGGAAGAUUUAUGAAUAAGUUAACCGUGCGAGAGAAGUGGGUAUGGCAUAACGGCACUACGAAUUCAUAAAAAUUGAAAUAUAAAUAUAAGAUGUAGAAGAAUUGGUUUACAGAGCUUUGAAACAAGCUCUAAAAUGACACACGAGAACCUAAUAAAAAAUAUGUCAAUACCAAAAAUAUGCACCACCGAAUGUCAGAACUCUUCAAAACUAUCGUUCGAAGUAAAACCCCCAGAUCCUAACACUACAUUCUUAUAUCGAUACUCAAUCGAUACAAAUAAUACCGAUUCCGAUUUCAACAUCGAUUAUUUCAACGAAACUUUCAGUGAUUCGAAUUGUACUUUUAAAAAUGGAACGUGUAGUGAUGUGGACUAUAACUUUUGGGCGUUAUCGUUGCUAGUGUUUCCUUUGCUGACUUUAUUCGGUAAUGUUUUAGUGAUACUAAGUGUGUCGAGAGAAAGGAGUCUGCAAACUGCGACGAACUACUUUAUAGUGAGUUUGGCUGUUGCUGAUUUACUUGUGGCUGUCGUUGUUAUGCCGUUUGGAGUUUAUUAUUUGUUCAACCACGGUGUAUGGGGUCUCCCGCCCGUGGUGUGUGAUUGCUACAUCGCCAUUGAUGUCAUCUGCUCCACAUCCAGCAUAUUCAAUCUAGUCGCCAUAUCUGUUGACAGAUACAUAGCAGUAACCCAACCAAUAAAAUACGCGAAACACAAAAGCAACGCCCGAGUCUGGUCCAUGAUAGGGGUCGCAUGGCUCGUCUCCGGGGCCAUAGGGUCUCCUAUAGUCCUAGGCCUCAACAACACAGCGGACCGGAGGCCUGGGGACUGUCUGUUCAAUAAUAAGGACUAUGUCAUAUACUCGUCGCUCGGGUCCUUCUAUAUACCGUGUAUCAUCAUGAUGUUUUUGUAUUAUAAUAUUUUUAAGGCAAUAAGACAGCGAGCGAAAAAGCAGCGCAUAGCCAAGAAAACCUCUGCAGCGCUAAGCUCCGCUGUAUCCAGCGGCACAGCGGCCGUGGUGAUAGAGAACGUCGCGCAGACGCAGCGGCUGGACGGCUCCAUGAACGACGCGCCCACCAACACCGCGUCGGGGAGCAAUGAGGAUGAGGAUGAUGAGAAGUGACUGUCUCUUUCUUCCAGCUUUGGCAGAACAGAGAUGGGUGCGUACGCCGAGGAGCUGGUGAACUCCAGGUCAGCUAGGUUCAUGCUGGCUGCUGUGGUUGAGGAAACUGGACUAAUAAUGGCGAACUUAGCUUCCCCCAUUCCAAUGAUGGACCCCAACACGAACAACGACUCGGGGUACGCCCCCUCGAACAUGGAAGCUGAUAAGGAGCACACCCCCCCUGCUUCCCCCACCAAUAAGGAGGAGAAGAAGCCAGAAGAUAGCACGGUAGAUAGCACGGAAGCUGCCAAGCCUAAGCCUGAGUUGAAAAAGAAGCUAAGCAGGAUAAGCAACAGCUCUCUGAUUUCGACUCCUCGGAGGCGGUUCAGGAGUGCGGCAUCAGCGGCUAGGUUCACCAUCUUCCGCGCCAACAGGGCUGGCAAGCUGAGGGCCAAGUCCUUUGCUAAGAAGGAGAAGAAGGCUACACAGACACUCGCCAUUGUUUUAGGUGUAUUCCUCUUCUGCUGGGCACCAUUCUUCUCCUGCUCAGUCCUGGACGCCCUAUGCUUCAAGUUCGGCCUCCCCUACUCUCCCGGGGUGACCGUGUUCAUCCUGACCACGUGGCUGGGCUACAUCAACUCGUUCCUCAACCCCGUCAUCUACACCAUCUUCAACCCUGAGUUCAGGAAGGCCUUCAGGAAGAUACUCCAUUGCGGCACCUAGCCCUUGGAUUACUACGUAGUUUAUGAAUAGACUUUGACUCUUUCAACUUUCAAGUGAUUUUUGUUUUCAAUACCUACUGUGCU